ACGCCAUGCAAGACCACGAUGAGAGGGCGCAUUACAAGUCGCGAAUUAUCUCCGUCAUCGCUGCCACUGGCAUAGCUCUCGCUUGUGGAACAAACUACGCGUACUCAGCAUGGGCUCCUCAAUAUGCCGAGCGCAUGAAGCUAUCUGCUACGCAAAGCAACCUUAUCGGCAGCGCUGGUAACAUUGGCAUGUAUGCCUCGGGGAUUCCUUUUGGUAUCUUGAUCGACACAAAAGGUCCUCGAUGGGCUAUCCUUAUUGGUGCCGUCUCCCUGGCCUGUGGCUAUUUCCCACUUUACUCGGCCUACCAGAAGGGUGCUGGAUCUAUGAGCUUCUCGGCUUUGUGUUUCUUCGGCUUUUUGACUGGCAUGGGAAGUUGCUGUGCUUUUGCUGGCUCCAUCAAGGUGUCUGCAACAAAUUGGCCGCAUCACAGAGGAACGGCCACCGCCUUCCCUUUGAGUGGCUUCGGUCUCAGCGCCUUUGUCUUCACUCUAAUUGGCAGCUUCGCUUUCCCUAACGACACUGGAGACUAUUUACUGAUGCUGGCUAUCGGUACCUUUUGCAUGGUCUUUGUUGGCAGUUUCUUCAUGAAGUUGAUGCCUCCUGCAUCCCCAUACCAAGCCGUACCUACUGAGGAUGAAGGGCGGCCGGCACGUAUCAGAAAGAACUCGCACGAUCUUCAGUCGGCGAGUCACAGUAGAGAUGGAAGUAGAUCAAGUCUCCCUGGCGAACCCAAUAUCACAGGAUGGGCACUCGCAAAGAGCCCUGCGUUUUGGAACUUGUUUAUUCUGCUUGGCUUAUUAUGUGGAGUUGGUCUGAUGACCAUCAACAACAUUGGAAACAACGCCAAGACGCUCUGGCACCACUACGAUGAAAAUGCAAGUCAUGACUUUAUUCAAUCUCGACAGUUGAUGCAUGUCGCUAUUCUCUCCAUUGGAUCCUUCUUUGGCCGAUUGUCGUCUGGUAUCGGAUCAGAUUUCGUGGUCAAGCGUCUGCACUCAUCCCGCUACUGGUCGCUUGUGGCCUCGUCACUCAUCUUUACUCUCGCUCAGGUCUUUGGCCUCACGAUUGAGAACCCGACUCACUUGUAUCUGCUCUCCAGCGUUACAGGACUUGGCUACGGUGCGCUAUUUGGUGUGUUCCCUGCGCUCGUUGCAGACGCGUUCGGUGCCGCAGGACUCGGUAUCAACUGGGGAGCCAUGACUAUGUCGCCUGUCAUCUCGGGCAACAUUUUCAACACGGCAUAUGGUGCAAUCUUGGACAGCCACUCAGGUUCAGCCGAUGGACAUCACCGCAUUUGCAACGAUGGCAAGGCUUGCUAUUCUCAGGCAUACACAAUCACUCUUGUUGCCAGUAUUCUAGGUAUUGCUUGGAGUCUGUGGUGCGUUCGUCACGAUACGGAAGAGAAGAAAGCACAAAGGAAGAUGUACGAGGAUCAUCAACCUUGAUAGUCUCUUUUCUGUUGGAUUUUUUCGAACCUUUAACUAUUUCAUAGCGUCUUUCUACAUUUAGGGUGGAUCUUGAUCUACAAUAGAUUUCUUUACUUUGGUGACAUGAAUGGCUUGCUGAACAUUGUACUCUGUGGCUGUGCAAGUAUGUGGCUGAGUAAUGGGC